AUGAGCUCGCAAGACCAGGCGGUCCCAGAGGACGAUCCCCUGGCCGAGCUCAUUACAACCUACAACGAGCUCAACGGCGCCCUGAUCGAGGAACUCGACGAGGAACCGAGCCCCCUCGAGUUCAUGCGCUACGUCGCCCGCAAUACACCCUUCGUCGUCCGCGGGGCCGCCUCCUCGUGGCAGUCGAAUAAGACGUGGGACAAGGAGUAUCUGCUGCGUAUGUUUAGAGAUCAGACUGUGAAUGUUGCCGUGACGCCUUUCGGUAAUGCCGACGCUCCAACCGACCAUGGAGGAAAUGUCGUUUUUGCGAAGCCACAUGAGGAGGAUCAGGACUUCGAAGAGUUUCUCAACUAUGUAACCAACCAAGAAAAGAGUAAAGAUGCGGCCUCAGAAGUCAGAUAUGCUCAAACACAAAACGACAAUCUCCGCAACGAAUACCUUCCCCUCUUCGCCCACGUACCCCCCUCCAUCCCCUUCGCCCGCAUCGCCCUCGACCGCGACCCGGACGCCAUCAACCUCUGGAUCGGCGCCUCCCGCUCCGUCACCGCCCUCCAUAAGGACAACUACGAAAACAUCUAUGUCCAGGUCCGCGGCCGCAAACACUUUGCCCUCCUUCCACCCUGUUGCCACCCUUGCGUCAACGAGACGGCCCUCGCGCCCGCGACGUAUUCUCGUCGGGGAGGAAAAGAUGGCGACCUGGUGUUGAAUACGGACCGGGACGCCAAAGACAGUAAAGCAGAAGGAGGAGACGAAAAGGCAACAUCAAACACCAUCCCCUUUGCGACGUGGGAUCCGGAUCAGCCGCAGGUCAACGCAACGCCCUACUCUCACCUCGCCGAGCCCGUCCGCGUCACGCUGGAGCCGGGCGACAUGCUCUACCUCCCCGCCAUGUGGUACCACAAGGUUUCCCAGUCCUGUCCAGAAGACGGAGAAGGCUUCGUCCUGGCCGUCAAUUACUGGUACGACAUGGAAUUCAGCGGUCCGUUAUACCCCCUCAUCGCGUUUGUGAGGAACGUCAGUCUCAAGACAGCACCGGCAACUUCACAGGGCGAGAGAACAUAG